AUGGCAGAGCAAGUUCCAUAUGGUGUUGCUGCAAACUUCAUUCACAAGUUGGCUUCUGCAUCAUUACACGAAUUUGGACAGAUUUAUGGUGUCACAAAUGAGUUAGAAGAUCUUAAGAAUACAAUUGAAUCCAUCCAUGCCGUGCUCCUUGAUGCGGACGAGAAACAAGAACAAGAUUAUGCUGUACAAAUCUGGAUAAGAAGGCUCAAAGAAGUACUUCUUCAUGCAGAUGACUUGAUAGAUGACCUUAUUGUUGAAAAUAUGAGACAGAAAGUGGAGGCAUUUCAUUCCUUUUCAUCUUCUAACCGAAUUUCUCUUCCAAUUCAAAUGGCUGAUGAAAUUAAGAGAACACAAGAAACUUUAAAUGAUGUAUUACAAGAAAUAUCCAAGUUGAAUUUAAGCCAAAGAGCUGUAGUAUCCAAGCAAUUUGAUAGUGUAAGGAGAGAAACUAGUUCUUUUGUGUUAGAAUCAGAUAUCAUCGGCAGAGAAGAUGGCAAAAAAAAGAUUAUAAGUCUAUUAAAGCAACCAAAUAAAAAACAGAAUGUUUCUUGUAUUGCUAUUGUUGGCAUUGGUGGUUUAGGCAAAACAGCUCUUGCUCAAUUGGUAUAUAAUGAUGUGGAAGUGCAGAAGAUUUUUGAAAAGCACAUGUGGGUGUGCGUCUCUGAUAACUUUGAUAUUAAGACUAUUGUGAAGAAAAUGUUAGAAUCAUUAACUGGUGUCCAAAGUGAUGAAAAGUUAUCAUUAGAUAACUUGCAAAGUAAGCUUCGCAAAAAAUUGAGGGGUAAAAAAUAUUUGAUAGUCUUGGAUGACAUUUGGAAUGAGAAUCAUACAAAAUGGGCUGAUUUGAGAACUUACUUGAUGUGUGGUACUCAAGAUAGCAAAAUUUUAGUGACAACUCGCAGUGAAGUUGUGGCCAGGAAAAUGGGUGUAAGCGAUCCCUAUGUUUUGAAUGGUUUAACAACAGAAGAAUCUUGGUGCUUGUUAAAGAACAUUGCAUUUGAGGAUGAUACCAUGGGAGUAAAUCAAACUCUAGAGUUAAUUGGCAAAAAGAUUGCAGAAAAAUGUGGAGGAGUUCCACUAGCUAUUAAAACACUAGGAGGUCUAUUACAAGGUAAAAGGGAAGAAGGUGAAUGGAUCAAUGUUUUACACGGUGAUUUUUGGAAAUUAUGCAAAGAUGAAGAUAGUAUUAUGCCAGUUCUAAAACUGAGUUACCAAAACCUGUCACCUCAACUGAGGCAAUGCUUCUCUUAUUGCUCUUUAUAUCCCAAAGAUUGGGAAAUUGAAAAGGAUGAGUUGAUUCAACUAUGGAUGGCACAUGGUUUUCUUGAAUGUUCAACUGAGAAUGAGCAUAUGGAAGAUAUUGGUAACCAAUUUGUAGAACUUUUCUUGAUGAAGUCGUUUUUCCAAGAUGCAAAAGUUAAUAAGCAAGGUGAAAUACUUAGUUUCAAAAUGCAUGAUUUAAUACAUGAUCUAGCAAUGCUGGUAGCUGGCAAUGAUUGUUGUCACUUGGAUAAUAAGGGAAAAGGACUUGUAAGAAGACCCAUGCACGUAUCAUUGGAACCUAAUGCCAUUUGUUUGUUAGACUCUUUGGAUGCAAGUCGUUUGCGAACUUUAAUUCUGCGGUCUUACAAUGGGGAGGAUUUGUCUGUUAUUUCAAAAUUCGAAUACUUACGUGUCUUAACUUUGUCAUCAAAUUCAAUCACUGAAUUGCCUGAUUCAAUUGGAAAUUUCGAUCAUUUGAGAUAUCUUAACUUGUCAAACUGCCGCUUGACAAGUCUUCCAAAAUUCAUUGGUAAUCUCGUUUGCUUACAAACAUUAAUAUUGAAUUCUUGUGCAAAACUUGAAUUUUAUACAGCAGUUGUCACAAAAUUAAUUAAUUUGAGACAUCUUGACAUUAGUAAAUGUAGAGCCUUUGAACAUGGGAUGCCAUUUGGAUUAGGGAAAUUGUCUAUUGGAGGUUAUCCAGGUUUGGCCUUUCCAAAUUGGCUUUCUUCACUCCAAAAUAUUGUUGAAAUCUCUCUUCGGGAGUGCAGUAAUUGCCGUCAUCUCUCACCAUUGGAACAUCUCUUGUGCCUUAAGUCACUAGAGAUACGUUUCUUAGGAGAGUUGGAGUACAUAUAUUUUACCGAAGAUUUUUCAAAAACAUUCUUCCCAUCUUUGGAGUGCCUUCAUCUUAUAGAUUGUCCAAAGUUCAAGGGAUGGUGCAAGAAAGUAGAUGAUGCCAAUGACACUAAGCAAUCAUUACAUUAUCAUUCAUUGCCUCCAUUUCCUUGUCUUUCUCAAUUAGAAAUCAGAGCAUGUCCACAGUUGAUUUGGAUGCCUACCUUCCCAAAGCUUGUUAAAGAAUUGUUAUUAGAAAGUUGUAGUUUGGAGCCAUUGAAGGAAACACUAAAUAUGGCAUCAUCACUAUGUUUGGUUGACUCUUUCACUCCUCUUUCCAUGCUCAAAUGCUUGCAUAUUUAUGGAGAUCUCAACAUGACAUCCAUCCCAAAUAAUUGGAUGCAGAAUCUUACUUCUCUGGAGCAACUCAUAUUUGGAUGGUCUCAAAGUAAAACAUUUCAAGAAUUUGAAAUUUGGUUUAAGGAUGACCUCAACUACCUUCCUUAUCUACAAAAAAUCAGUGUACAGUUUUGUAAAAACUUAGAAGCUUUGCCAGAUUGGAUGUGCAACCUCUCUUCACUUAAGCAUAUCACGAUUUGGAGUUGCCCAAAAUUGGUAUCACUACCCGAAGGAAUGCCUCGUCUUUCCAACUUACAAACCGUAGAAAUCAUUGGAUGUCCCUUCUUACAUCAAAAUUUUAAAGGAGGAAGAAGUGCAACUUGGCCCAACAUUGCUUGCAUCCCAAAAAUAAUCUUGAAGUGA